AGCCCUUAGAACAACGGCUGACAUUUUUCUCUCGCCAGCAAAAUGAUGCGUGUUCACUUGUUGGUGUGCGGCGUUGUCUGCAGCAUGUUUUUCCCGAAUGCCAUCGAAGGCGUUCAUCCAAGAGGGCAUCAUCAGACAUCUCAGCAACGAGUCGCCGUACCCAUUUUCACAAUCCGGGAAGUGCAGGAUGAUGGGGGACCGGUCUGUGGCAACAAGGCAGUGCAGCUGAGCGCCACAUCCGCCGAGAAAAAAGCUGCAAUGGAACUUGUCCAACAAUUCCGACAGACUUCUUUCUCAGGCAAAGAACUACCCAGCAAUCAAGAAUCGAACAAAUUUAAAAAUAAAAAGAAUCUAGCUCGCAUCGACCUGCAAAAGACGUUUUACAACCCUGAAACUAAGAAGCGCUGGAUGAAUUUUCAGAUCCAGUUGAACCAACAGCGUUCAAAGGGCGGACCGACGACUAUCGCUCACCUGUUUUUAGAAGCCAACCGAACGUAUCCCAUUGAAGCGAUACGACAAGGUUUUAAUGAAAGUCUGGCGAAAUGCGCCAAAGUUUGGCUGGAAUUUUCUCCUCAAUCGGUACCUGAAGACUUUAAGUUCCGCAAACCAGGAAAAAAGUGAAACGCUAAAUGGAAACAAGAAUAUAAGGGUAGAAAAUAAGGUUGAUAGAGGUGAAGUUUUUUUUUUUCAA